AUGAAAGGAGUGAUAAGGUUCAGAAGGAAGGGCAAGUUGAGUCCUCGGUACAUUGGGUCGUUCGAGAUCCUGGAGAGGAUAGGUCCAGUUGCUUAUCGAGUAGCCUUACCCCUGACCUUAUCUUGGGUGCAUAAUGUGUUUCACGUGUCGGUUCUGAGGAAGUACAUACCAGAUCCAUUGCAUGUGAUCAGUUAUGAGUCCUUAGAGAUCAAUGAAGCGCUAGCUUAUGGUGAGGUACCGGUUCAGAUUUUGGAUCAGAAGGUACGGAAGCUGCAUACCAAGGAGAUACCAUUGGUAAAGGUGUUAUGGCGUAACCAUGUGAUUAAGGAGGCUUGUUGGGAAUCAGAGGCUGAGAUACAUCAAAAGUUUCCUCAACUAUUCAGAGAUGUUCAGAGUUAG